AUGAUAAAAAAUACACAAGAAGGUCAAAAUUCACCCAAGGAAAAGGUCGAGGCUAACCGACAGCCAAAAGAUUCCAGCAAUAUUGACGAUGGUGGGAUCGAUAGCACUUUUGCCAGUGAUACUUUUGAAAGUUCACAAAGUGGGAGUGAGGAAUGGGAAAACAGUGAAUUGUGGGGAAAUAAUGGUAAUAAUAAUUUAGCAAACUUCAACAAAAAUCAGAUUGAAAGAGAUUCACAAUUAAUCAAAGCACCUUCGAAUGAAAUAUCUUCAGUAAAAUUUGGACUUAGUACUAGUGUUUUAAAAUUAGAAAAUCUUUCAGAUAAUUUAAUUAAAAAAUUGUCAAGUUCAAACUUUUCAUUUUUAUUUUUAACUUCAUUUCAUAUUAUUUAUUAUAAAGCUGGAAGAUGGAAUAAUAAAUAUUUUUAUGAGUUUGGUUUACCAGCUAAAGGUUUCUUUGAGGCCGUAACCAAACAAAUCACAAAUCCCAAAGAAAAGCCUACUCAUGCUAAUAUUAAUGAAUCAAUUAAUGACAUUAGCAACAUUUAUGAUAACAAUGGAACUUAUAACACUAAUGCCACCUUUAAUUUGGAAUUUUAUUUAUCAUUUCGAAACAUGGAAAAUAUAUCUAAUGGUAAUAACGAAAAUAUCGUAGAGAAUGUGAUGGAGAGUACAAUUGUUGAAACUGAGGAGCAUCCAUUCACAUUGAAGAUAAAAAUACCAAAUCUUGUUGACAAGUCUCAAGUUUUUGCAACUGCAAGUGAACUUGUGCAGGAAGUUAGACAAUGGUUAAUUGAUUCACCAGAAACUUCUAAUUAUACAUGCUUUUCUCUAUAUUGGGACGGUAAAAAACUCGACGAUUACAAAGAGCUUCAAGAUGAAGGGAUUACUCAAGAUGCUGAUCUGGAAUUAGUGGAAGAGCCUUAUACAGAACGAGAAGCUCGCAUUCACAUUAUGCAUGUUAGAGAAUUACUUUCGGGACCAUUCAAACAAUCUUCUUCGUAUGUUGGAAUUGAUCCUGGCUUAUCAUUUUUCACUGCUGUCACUGGAUCCAAUGAUAAUCAACAAAUUAUUCAACAGCAACAGCCUCAACAAAACGGGAAAGCUAAAGAGGACGAAUCAAAUGUUCUUAAACCACUAGAAACUCCAUUUUCUGAUUACGAUUUUUCUGCUCCUUCUUUAUCAAAAUAUGUACCUGAAAAUUUUUCAAGAUGUAGUAUUAAAUGUUUAGAAUCUAUUCAUCUUUCUGGUUGGAAUCCUGUGCCAUUUGAACGUCGUAAAAAAGGUGAUCUUUUGUUUCUUUCUGUUACAAUAAUCGAGGGAGAUAAUUUACAUAUCACUGCAUCGAUAAAUGGUUUUUAUAUCAAUAAAUCUACAAUGAAAAGUUUUGAUCCAAAUCCUAAAUCUGAGCUUCAAGUAUAUCAUGCACAUUCACUUGUCAACCUACUACAAGAGGUUUCACCUAUGUUUCGUAAAAAUUUCAAAGAAUUACAAGAGUUUAACGUUAUGCAUCACCCUUUCGAAACUAUUCCUAUUAAUUCUUGCUUUCCUGCUUAUCCAUGGGCUGUUAAACAACCAAAGCAUACGUUUGAUAUGGGUCACAUUUCUGAAGUGUACUUGAAUGUUGGUAAUGAUGUGGUUGAUUCGCUUAGAGAUUGGAAUGAUGAAUUUCAAUCACAGCGUGAAUAUCCACGCGUUGAAUUAAGAGAUCGUGUACUGCGCGAAAGGCUUGUUAAUAAGAUUCAAUCAGAUUUCACAGAAAGUGCUGUCAGAGGUGCAAUUGCCGUGGUAAAUGGAAACGUCAUUCCAUUCAAUCCACGUGAUCCUUCAGAAGAGCACAUGUAUGUUUAUAACAAUAUUUUCUUUAGUAAAGCAUACGAUACACGUGGAACUUUUGCAAAGCUUGGUGGUGAUGAUGCAGCCCAUGUUGCAACAGGGAAAGAUUUAGAAGGAAUAAAAACAAUUAAUAUAGCUGACAUAGAAGGAUUAUAUACUUUGGGAUGUGUUGUGGUUGAUUAUAAAGGCAUCAGAGUUGUGGCCCAAACCAUAGUUCCAGGAAUUUUCAGACGUCAAGAUGAUUCUUCCGUUGUUUAUGGAUAUUUUGAUAAUGGAAGAGAUAAACCUAAACUUUGUGCUGAUCCCGAGUUCCAUGAGAUUGUUGGUAAAGCAGCAAAAGUUUUACAUCUUGCUGAACACAGUGUUUCUGAUUCAAAAGGAAAUUCCGUAAAACUUCAUACUUCUUUAGAAACUAAGGGAUUAAUGGGUGAUGAUGGUAGACGAUAUUUAUUUGAUUUGUAUCGUCUUAAUCCUGUUGAUAUUGAAUUUUUAGAGAAAGAAUGUGAACCUAAAGAAGAAAGUGACCUUCCACUUUAUUCUCACAAAUUAACUUUAUUAAGACCAGAAUUGAUUGAAUCUUUUUGGGAUUAUAAAUUUAGAUUGUGGCUUCAGGAAAAGGCUAAUCGAAGACAUAAUGAGGAAACCAAAGAUUCUAAACCUGAAGAUUCUAAACCUGAAGAUUCUAAACCUGAAGAUUCUAAACCUGUAGAUUCUAAACCUGAAGAUUCUAAACCUGAAGAUUCUAAACCUGAAAAUUCUAAACCUGAAGAUUCUAAACCUGUAGAUUCUAAACCUGAAGAUUCUAAGCCUGAAGAUUCUAAACCUGAAGAUUCUAAACCUGAAGAUUCUAAACCUGAAGAUUCUAAACCUGAAGAUUCUAAACCUGAAGAUUCUAAACUUCAAGAAGUAACUCCCGAUGAAGAAUUUAAUUUUACAUUAAAUCCAGAUUCUUUUACUGAUUAUAAAAUACCAGAUGGUGAUGAUUAUAAGACAAAGAAAGAAACUGACGAAGAAAAUGUCCGGAAUGCUUCAAAAUAUCUUAGAGAUAGUGUUAUUCAAUUGAUGAUUAUUGAAUUCACUUCAUUAGCUGUUUCACCAGCAGAUGGAGCAUCAUUAACAGCAGCCAUGCAUCGUCGUGGUAUUAAUAUGCGAUAUUUAGGCACGAUUGCAAAAAUUCUUUAUGAUUCUACAGAUCGAAAAGCAUCAAAACGUAUACUUCGUGAACUUCUUCGAGAACUACCAAUCACAUACACAUCAUAUUGUGUUGCGCAUUUUUUUAAUUGCCUGCUAGGGACCGACUAUAAUGCUAAUCCACAACCAUUGGUUCCUGAUGUAUUAUUUAGUUGUGGUGGUAGUGGUGAGAAUGAUGAUGAUGCAAACAACAGUAAAAAAAAAAAGAAUAAAAAUAUCAAGAAUAAAGCCGAUAAUACUCAAUCAUAUGCAUACUUAAAUCUCACACCCUCUUCACUCGUUCAACAAAUUCAUAGUACGGUGUUAGUACGUUUUCGAUAUAAACUUCCUGAAGAUUUUGUUUCUACACACAUUCGCAAACUUCCAUUACUGAGAGAAAUAUGUUUACGAGUAGGAGUUCAAAUAGCAGCUCAAGGUUAUCAUUUUGUGAAAAAGAAAUCAAAAAAAAGAGCAACCACAUUCUUACCAGAUGAUAUCUUCAAUCUAAUACCUGUUGUCAAACAAGCAACUCCUAAAGAGACUUUCGAAGCUGGAAAAUUAAGUCAUCGAGAUUUAGGCGUGGAUCUAAUGUUACAAUCACUUGCAUUACAUGAACAAAGUUAUGGUUUUCUUCAUCCAGCAACGGCAAAGUGUUACGUUGCAUUAGCGAUGUAUUUUUAUCAUCAUGAAGAUUUAGAAAUUGCGAUAGAUUUUCAAAAGAAGGCCGUUGUUGUAUUGGAGCGAACUUGUGGUACUGACAGUGUAGAAGCGGUGCAUGCUUAUUUACAUUUAGGUCUUUUUGAAAAUGCUAUUGGUCAUACCGAAAUCGGUCUUCGUUACAUGAAGCAUGCAAUGUUUUAUUGGGAAAUUAUAUAUGGAUCUUCACACCCGGAUGGCGCAACCGCUGAUCAUAACGUCGGAAUUAUGUUACAAAAUUUAAAAGAUUUUGGUGGUAGUAUAAGGUUUUUCGAAAGAGCCAAAGAAACAAAUGAAACUAUCUUUGGAAAAAAUAAUGUUUUAACUGGUGAAUCAUACCAUCUCCUAGCGAAAGCUUUAGCACUUUCUGAAGAUUAUAAAGCAGCUUUGACUGCAGAAAAAUCAGCAUAUAAUAUUUUUCACACUGUGGAAACUGAGCAACUGCUUAAAGAUUUAACGUCAAAUGCUGUUCAUAAUGCUAAAAUGGCAUUAUUACAGAAACAAGAUAAGCGAAAAGGUAUAGCACCAAAACCAACGAUUUCAGCAUCAUCUUCUUCUUCAUCUUCAACGAUAAGUACACCAACCACUUCAACAGCCACUUCUGCAAUGCAAAUAAGAACGGCAGGAAGUCAUCAUUCAAACAUCUCAACCA